CUACGACGCCUCUACAUUACCGGAUUCCAAUUCCAGAUUGAAUUUCAAUGCGCCUCGCCUUUCUGGCGUUACAGAUCCAUCCAUUCGUUCGGGGAGGAAAGCCCGUAUCCAUUGUGGGUUACCGACUUUCGCACAUCUUUGCUGUGUUGCGUCUUACCAGCCAACGAUAUGGAAAGCUUUGCGGGUUAGUUUGCCCUAACCAUGGUUGGAGCGGAUACUCCUGGUCGGCAAACCCCCUUUCAAGGAACGGUUUGCGGGGACGGGUAUGGAGAUAGCACAAGUGGAGAGCACAGUGAGCAUAUUCGGGUGCGAGGGCUUGGGAUAUGGAUGAUGUGGUUCGGGAAUACCCCAUCUCUGAGCCAAGACUGGUUGGUGGAGGUGGUAUAUAUCAGUUUUGUGAUGCUGUAUUACAGGGGUAUGCUGAGGGAAGUGCUCUGGAUGUACGGAGGCUUGCCGAGCACCUCGCUAAACCGCGGGGGUUUGCUCUUCCUCCUCCAUGGCGAAGGAAAAAACGAUGCAUCUGAGACGAUGUCAUUUGCUGGAUGUACAUCCACGUGGAGCUCAACUACAGGAAAAACCCCAUUGCGACGAACAUCAUACCUCGUUUACCGCUCGGUAUUACAUUGCCGUGAGGGCUAUGUCGGAAUUCCCCCAGACGACUGCAUAAAUCAACAUAAACGGAGGAACAGUAUUCCCGCCAGUGCUCCAUCUGAACCGUAUUUCCGUAAAACCGUCUCCAACCUCCCCCCAUUGCUUGUGGAUGCUUACUCGAAUCUCACAAAUCCUCGGGAUUUUCAACACUUGUAGAUUAUGGCCAAUCAGGAUGUUCUGGAUAAUUCCGAGUGGAUCAACCCCCGUGGUUACGCAGUCUACCAUUGGACGAGCAUACCUCCACCCGUUUACCGACGGUGACUUUUGC